CGGAUAUCCCUUCCCUCCCCACAACCUCAGAUCGUCUCUUUCUACAUCAUGUCCCACGGCGAGCAGUUCACCCUCUAUACCCACGUUGGUGGUCCCAACGGCUGGAAGGUCGCCUAUCUCCUGGCUGAGCUCAGGCUUACUUAUGAGUCGGUCUUCUUUGACUUCGCCAAGAAGGACCAGAAGAGCCCCGAGUUCCUCAAGCUGAACCCGAACGGUCGCAUUCCCGCAAUCAUCGAUCACGGGAACAAUGACUUCGUGCUUUGGGAGUCGAACGCCAUCCUCCUCUACAUUGUCGAGAAGUACGACAAGGAGCACAAGUUCUCGGCUGUGACCGACGCCGAUAAAGCGUACCAGAACCAGUGGCUCUUCUUCCAGGCAUCAGGGCAGGGACCGUAUUUUGGCCAGUUCUUCUGGUUCCAAUUCUAUCACCAGGAGAAGGUGCCCAGUGCGGUGGAGAGGUAUAAGGGUGAGACGGAACGUGUUCUCGGUGUUCUAGAAUCUGUGCUCAGCAAGCAGGAAUGGCUUGUUGCUGGCAAGAUGACCAUCUCCGAUAUCUCUUUCAUCUCAUGGAACAACGGCGCCUUCAAGGCAAUCCUUGGCGAUGACUAUCCGAUUGCGGAGAAGUACCCCGCUGUGUAUAAGUGGCACAACGCCAUGACGGAACGCCCCGCUAUCAAGGCAUGCAUAGAGCAGCGGACGUCCAUGAUGAGUCACUAGAAGGAAGUGGGCAGCGGUGUACCAGAGAGAUAAAUAAAUGAAUG